AUGGAGAUCCCGUCGCAGCCAGAGUUCGAUCAAGAGAACUUGAACGAGGAUGUCCAGCGCAUGCGUACGCUCUGGGUCAAUGAGCUGAACGCCCCGGAGAUCCUUCAGUACGACGAGGAAAUGGUGUCCGAGAUGCUGGAGCAGAUCCGCAAUCAGCAAGAGUACGUCGACUCGGUGUAUGAGGAACGAGCGCAGCUCACUGAGGAGAAAUCCUUCAUCAACAAACUCUACCAAAUGGAGAUCGACCGACUCCGCUACAUUGUCUCAUCUUACCUCCGCACACGACUCCGCAAGAUUGAGAAGUUCGCCAUUCACAUUCUUUUAGACGAAGUGCUGACACAGCGAUUGUCUGUCAAGGAGCGUCACUUCGCCCAGCAAUUCAUGAUGCUUUAUGAGUCUCAUUUGAAUGAUCUUGCAAUCGGCAAAUUUUCCGAUGACAACAAAACCCUCACGGCUGACGGCAUGGUGGCUGAACCAAAUCUGGACGGAUUUGUCUUUUGCCAGGGUAAAGUGGCAGGCGGCGUGCAGUGUGACGACAAAGGUGGCGACUUCGUGCAGGUGACAUGUGAAGAUCGCUACGUGUUGCGCUACCGCAGCGUCCAGGAGCAUGUACAAGCAGGUGCAAUCGACCUAAUCUAA